GCUUAUCUAGAGCAAAAAGACGUGAGAGACAGAUUAGCAAGCACACAACAUGAUUUUUAUCCUUCAUUCCUAUUACAGAUGGCCAUGUUGACACGUCUAAUGGAUGAUGACCCUAAAACCUUUAUGCGAUAUAUUCUGUCCUACAUCAUGAAACCGGAAGUCGCCAUUAAUUUCACGUUACUGGGUACUUCAUCAAAACAAGCGAUUCAAAAGUGCAGGUUUUACGGCUGCGUACGAAGUGCACUGCCUAAUCGUUUCCUGUCGUCAUCUGUCAGCGAGAAAGACCUUGCGAAACUAUAUGACAUGGCUACGCAAAGUUAUUUCCACGACAUGAGAGACAAAGUCCAGAAGCGUCAUCGACGGAACCAAGAACACGUACAAUCUUCCGUGUUCAAGGAUAUAACCGUAAGUUCAGCUUCAAGUACCUUGUUGUGCAAAACAAGUUUUCUAGAUUUAGUAACCUUUUUCUUCAUCACAUUUUAGAAUUCACAAGAAUUGUUUGACUCUCCAUAAUCCAACAGGCCUGCUGGAAAGAAUGAAUACGUGAAAUGCCUGGUCGGUGACAAUGGCAAUUACAUAAGGAGCAUUGAUACUCUACCAUCUGCUCAUUACUUUGUACAUUGAAGAACUUUUCGUUUUCAAUAAAAAUUUGGAAA